GGAGACAACCAAUGAUAAUUUUGGAGAACAAAGCAGGAGUCAAUGUCUCUAUCAGUCAGACUUAUCGUCUUCCAUGGCCCAAUUCCUAUUUCCUAUAUAGCUUCAGAAUUAGAGACUCGAUGGCAGGCUAUGCUCUCCCACAAGGCAGCGAUCUAUUAAUCGAUCUUUCAUCUCUUCUCAGACCAGAUGACGACAGAUUCGUCCGGCAAAUCAUCGGAGGCCACAGAUUCCGGUGAACGCCUUCCCUUGGCGGCCGUACCAUGGGUGACUCGUGCCAUGGCCUGUGUCCUCUUGAAGUUACGGGACAAGGCAUGCCGCCGCAACGGCACCAUCAACCGCCGCCUCAUAAACAUCAUCGACUUCAAAUCCCCUCCCACUCGAAAACCCGACGUCAAGGGCAUAAGCUCCUCCGACGUCACUAUCGACCCCAGUCGAAAACUCUGGUUCCGCCUCUUUACCCCAACCGCCUCCACCACAGCCAGCAGCAGCUCCCUCCCACUCAUCGUGUACUUCCACGGCGGAGGCUUCGCCACCAUGAGCGCAGCGUCCCGGCCCUACGACGCCUUCUGCCGGAGACUUGCUAGUGAGCUGUCCGCCAUCGUUGCCUCCGUUGAGUACCGUCUCUCGCCGGAGCACCGGUUCCCUUCCCAGUAUGAAGACGGGUUCGAUGCCCUCAGGUUCGUAGCCGAGAACUCCGCAACGUUGCUGCCCGAGAAUGCAGACCUAUCCAGGUGCUUCCUCGCCGGAGACAGCGCCGGUGGAAACCUCGCGCACCACGUGGUGGUCAGGGUGGCGCAGUCGAAGCUUGAAGGGGUCAAAAUCAGAGGGCUCAUCGCCUUCCAGCCUUUCUUCGGCGGAACGGAGCAGACAGAGUCGGAGAUCCGUAACAAGAAGGCCCCGCUCCUGAAUGUUGCCUUGGCCGACUGGUUUUGGAGGGCCUUCCUGCCCGAGGGGGCCGACCGAGACCAUGGGGCUGCCAAUGUGAGUGGGCCCAAUGCUGUUGAUAUCUCGGUCCUGGCAGAGUUCCCGGCCACGAUGGUGAUUGCGGGUGGGAUGGACCCCCUGCACGAUUGGCAGGUCAAGUACUACGAGUGGCUUAAGAGAUCGGGGAAGGAGGCGGAGCUGGUUUAUUACCCUAACAUGGUCCACGGCUUCUACGGAUUCCCCGAACUGCUCGACGCCACUCAGUUACUCUCAAAGGUCAAGGAUUUCGUCACUCGAAGGUCUUUGAAUCAAAUGUCAGAGUAAAUAAUAAGGCGUUCUUUAUCUUUCAAUUCCUAAUCCCUUGCCUAAUGUUUGUUUGGACUUAAUUUGAAGUGUUGAAAAUUAAGUAUUGAAAGCUUAAGAUAUUAACAGAAUAAGUGCUUAAUUGAUUAAAUGAAAAAAAUAU